AUGUCAUUCUUAUGAAACAUUUAAAGAAAAAAUGCCAACUAAGCAUCUCGAUAUCGAGCAUUGUCUUUAAAGUUUCAGAUUCUUUUGUUUCAGGUUGAAGAAGAUGGAAGAUUUCAAGUCGAGGCUUAAAUUUAACGAUGUCAGUGUUCAAUCUCAUUGCAUCCAAAAACUCAUUGCUGUCAUCAAAAAGAAAGCUAAAGGCGAAAUCCUAACUUCUGCAUCACUGCAAAUUCCAGAGUUAAAUUUGAUUUGGGAAUCUUGUACUGAUGAUGCAUCUUUCACUUCAAGCCUUGCAGUUCAAGCUAUAGUGUUACUUGUUGAAAACAAAUCCAUCAGUUCUCAACUAGCAGUCAACAAAUUUCUUAGCUAUGUCAAAUCUGCUAGAAAUAAAUGUGCAUUGAUCAAUGGCUUAGUUGAUGUGUUGCUGUAUGAGUUUAAUGAUACAAAGGAGGACAAUAAGUUCCCGCAUUAUUCUCUUCACUGUCCAAAACAUCCGUUAAUUACAGUGCUUCAAGAUUCAAAUGAAAGUUGGCCAUUGAUUCUUCAAAGCAUUAAGAAUGUACUAUCCAGUAACACUAGGAGUUUUGAAGCAAUGAAGCCGGUCAUUUGCUACAUCUUUUCCAAUCCUUUCACAAAAGAAACAGCCAGUUACUUUAAAAUAUUGCUGCUGGACAGCCUUUUUAUACAUUUCCAGCCAGAAAUUUUGUCAUAUUCUUUACAGUUGAUUCCAUUUAUGCAAGCUGAAAGUUUCUUUCAAGUUGCUGAACUUAGUGUCUUUGUUGAAAAAUUAUACUUGUUAGCAAAGUCAAACUGUGAUACAAAACAAUUUUCUUCUGUUGCUCAACAAUUGCUAUUGCUUGCUUUGUCUUUGACGGAAAGAUGCCUUACUUGUGGUUGUGAUUCCAAUGCCUUGUUAAAUAUUUGUGAAGAAAUAAGCAGAUCUCUCGUAAAGAAUAACUUCAGUCAUAGCUACUCAACAGUUAAUUUAUGUUUAACUCUACUGUCUUUUAUCUUGAAGGAUAGUGUUAGUGUAACAAGACAAAAGCUUAUAACCAUAGGUCUGGAACUUUUAAAAACAGAAAAAAUAUCUCCAACAAUUUCUGCAUUUUUAGCUGUUUCUGCCAUUCAAGUUUUAUCUGACCCAUCAAUUGUUGCUGAAAAAGAACCUUUACUACUGCUGCAGAAGUUGGAACAUAUUUUUUCACCGCGCCAAAUGACAGAUGAUAAUGAGCUUGGAACUUCUACUGCUGAAGGCCCAGUUGUUGAUAAUUUUAUAGACAUGUUAGAAUCUUUUACUUCCCUAAUGGAAAUAACUUUUAAUUGUUAUAGAUUCAAUUUGAAACUUGAUUCAUGUGAUUUGAAAUUCAAACUCUUAUGGCUGAAAUCAAUUCGAGAAUCUGUUAACUGUGAUAAGAAAAGUAAUUUUCAUGUAAUAUUUUCCAUUGUGGCAGCUUUAUUUAUUAUGUCUCCUGAGGAGGACAGUAUGCUGAGUUCUUGCCUGCAAACUUUUGAAGCCAUAAUUUUAAAGAAAAAAGAUUUGUCUACAAGAAUGUUCUCAUUGCUUUUGUAUAAACAGAAUGUUGUGAAUGAACCACAUCUGAAAGUUUUAAUGUUGAAAUUCUUGCCAAAGUCAGCAGUUCAUAAGUAUGCCAUUCCGCCUGUGAUAAGUACCCUUAAAGUAAUGGCUAAUCAUAAGGACUUGAAGCCUUUUGCAAUUUAUUUGAUGUCCGAACUGUGGAAGAAGCAAGAUCGAUGUUUUUCUUACCUAUAUAAAUUACUGGUUGAACCAAAUAAAAGUGCAUCAACAGACACUGGUGUCAAUGAAGUUCUAUUAUCACAAGCUGCAGUAAUCAAAGAAAUAUGCAUUUCAGAGCCUGAAAAGCAUGGAAAGGAAUUUUUAAGUACAUUGUCAACCAUAUUCAAUCAAUCUGUUGGAGAAAACACCACGCCUGUUGCGUGUUUGGCUUUAGAUGGAGUUAUUGCUCUUUGUCGAUCAGAAAUUAUUGACUUACGAUCAACAUGGAAAGCUUUAUCUCCAAGAUUAAAUAAGGACAAAAGAUCUUUGGUGAGCUGCCGUAUGUACAAACUGCUUGAAUUGAUCCCCGAACUGAAAGUUAAAUCCUUUGAAUAUGAUAAAUUUAUGAGUGAAAUUGUAUCUAACAUCUGGAGACAAAUAUCAUCUGGAAUGAACUGUUCAUCUACUUUGAGUGCAGCUUAUAAAACCUUAUCGAAAUUUCCUCAUGACAAUUAUGUUUUAAAACAGCUACCUGAAGCAGCCAAAGUAAACCUAAAGCUUCCACCAUCAAUGAAAGCUACUCCGUUUGAAAUGGGGAAGUUACCUGAAGACGUUCUUUCAUAUAUUCCGGGAUACUGUUAUGUUGAUUUGUUAAAAAGCAUUGAUGAUACAACUGUGUUGGAAGGAUAUGCUGAGUUUUUGCAUUCACUUGCUAAGCAGGAAGUUGCUGAUUUACCUAGAAGUAUUUACAGUCAACGGAAGCAUUAUGUGAAGCCAAAAAAUACAAAUGAAGUUCUGAUGAAAGUUCCAGCCUUUCUUUGCUCUCAGUUUCAUGAACGAAAGUCUCCUGCUCUUCAGAAAAACCUUGCAGUUGGUGUUCUCUUUUGCUAUGAACCACCAUUGGAAAUUGGAAAAGAUGGACUUCCUCUUAAAAGAUCCAUUGCAACGCAAUACAGAUUGUAUGAGCAAGUAUUAAAUGUGCUGUUAAAUGAAGUUAAUAUUGAUACCAGUGAGUGGCAAAGAUGCAUUCUUCUGCCCAAUGCAUGGGGUGGAUUCAUGGAACGCUGUUUUUUUGCUUAUGAAGAAGCAAGGAGGGCAGAGCUAGAGUUGCAGGCUAGCCAUGGUCACAUGCAAUUUACAGAUGAGGAACUGAAAUUCAAAUCCAAAUCAGCAUGGCUAUGGGUGCGAGAUCGUUUGAUAAACCUCAUAAAAACUAAUAUUAAGAACACUCCAACGUCACAUGCAAAUGCUGUUUUUGCUGUAGCUGGUUUAGUUUCUGCUCUGGAGAAAUUCUAUUCAAGUCUGGAAGAGGAAUCGAAAGUAUUGUCUGAUGAGAGUGGAGAUUUUGUUAGUCACCAAAUUUUUCAAACAGAAUAUACCGAAACGCUGCUUUGUGCUUUAGAUCCAGAUUAUAAACUUAGUGGGAAAGUACACAGUUGGCUGCUAAUACAUUUAUCAAGGCCGAACUCCAGUGCCAGUUACCUAGUAAAGGGUUGUGCCAGUGCUUCAUUGUGCCUUUUGACAUCCAUCUUGACUGGUUUCUAUGCAAACGAAAUACCUCCAUUGUGCCAGUUCCUGUUAAAAAGUAUCUCUCACAAUUCACCAGUUUUAAGUUUUUACUCAGCCCUAGGUUUAGGGCUGUUCAUCAGAUCAUUAUGCGAAGCUGGAUAUUGCGACAUUGGAGAAAUGCAGACUGAUUUAAUUUUGAACAUGGGGAAGAAGAUCAUGGAAAACUACAGUAUGGAAAACAGCUCAAAUUCACUUAUUUGCUUGACAAUUGCUGUUGUAUCCUUAAGCCAAACUUCUAUUGAAGAGUUCAAAGACUGGGUUUCUACUGUAUGCAAUGCCAUGCAUGAGAAACUAUUGGAAGAAGAUCAGUCAUCCAUGGCUUUUGAAAAAAAGCCAACACUUCAUCGAAUUGCUGCUUUAAAUGGUCUUUGUUCCUUAUUUUCUCAUGGAAGGGGCCUUGUACAAGUAAAGGUACAAUCAUCUGCUGAUUCAUUACUUGCUCUCAACGAAUUGAUCCCCUUAAUGUUUCAAGUGUUGUCUGCUGCAAGGGAUACUGGCUUGCAAAACAUCUGUUCAUGGGAAGUCGGGAGAUUGUAUGCUGUUCAUUCAAAUCAACAGCAGAGCGAAUCAUCAGUUUCUUCUAGUUACUUCUACCUUAAUGAAAAAAGUGUUUUGAAGCCAGUCAUGAAUUUAGUUCUAGAUGGGCAUCAAACAGAUGAGACGAAACCUAAACCUCAUCAUCUUUCAACUUGUUUACAGGCACUUGGAGCCCCCUUUACAAGACCUCUUCCACCUAUAAAUUGGGUUACAGUUUUGACACCAUUUCUUCAAGGAGAUGAAGGGAAUGAUGUCAUGGAAGCUGCUUUACGACUUGCUGUCCACCAAGCAAGUGGUUCAACUUAUGCACAGAAUCUGAUAUCUUCGUACUGCAAUCCUCCUUUAAUUCAUUCUUUGAACGAAAAGUGCUUUUCAAUCCUGUUGGAAAACAUUCCUACUUUAUCUUUGGCAUUACCAUCUGCAAAGCUUCAAAUAUUUUUCCAAACCAUCAUUCAUGGCACUGUAAAAAAUGAAAAGGCUCUAAAGAUAAAAGGUCAAAUGACUUUAAAAGGAAUUUUAAACUCUUUGAAACAGUCAGGUUAUAAGCAAGACUCACUGAAAAUUGUUCAGAAUGCAUUUAUAUCCAUAACCAAGUAUUUCAUGAAAGAAUCUCAUAGAAUUCAGGAACAUCUACAGUGGGUUACUGAAGGUUUCAGUUAUUUGCCUGAAGGAACUGUAAAUUCAUUACUCUCCGUUCCAAAAAGAAAUGGAAAUAUCUCAGUGUUAACGAUGAUUUGUUGUUAUCUUGUGAAAACAGGUAAAAAACCUCUUUCACAUCUCAAAUCCUACAUUGAAGAAGCCAAGCAAGAAAGUUUAGAAGAGAAGGAAGUAGUUUGUGCAUAUAUUUUUGAAUGUUUUCUUAAUGGUGCUGAAAGCUCAGAGAGUGAUAUAAGUCAGACAGAAAAAUGCAUAUGCUGGCUCCUAGAAACCAUAGGAUGGAUAAAAGUUUUAGAAGAUUCAAAAUCAAAGUAUCAAUUGAUGACUACCAGUGAUGUUCAUAAAUUUUUAGUAGACAUAUGUUUUGCGACAAUUAUAGGAUGUUCAGGACUUGAAAAUAGCUACAUUUUCUUGCCGAAUAAAAGUUUAAACCACGACUUGCUUUUGGAAAAUAUUCCAGCAGCAAUGAAGCUAUUUGAGAAGGAUGAGUGGAAUUCAAUUGUUGAUAAGGUAAUUGACUGGCUCUUGUUGCUACUUAAAAGUGAUUAUUUAAGUCAAAAAGAGAAAAAGUGCAUUAAAAUAUGUCUUUGCUCCGUGAAAGGUUACAAUGAAUUUCAGAAAACAGAGAUUUGGACUGAUGUUAUAUGUAGCAUACAUCCAAGAUAAAAAAUAAAUAUUUA